CCCUUAUAGGAGGUCUCUGUGAUUUAGAUCCUAAUUCCGAGAUGGAGCUAGCAGAUUCAUCUUCCACCAUCUCUGAGCAGCAGCUGCAGGGGCAAGAGAGACUAAGCAAUACCAAAACAGAUUUGGCCGGGCAGAGUCUCAUCUCAUCUGAGGAAUGGCUUCAACUACAUGGGCUUAAGAGCAAAAAAUUGACCUUGAAACAGAUUUUGUCACAGAUCGGAUUCCCACAUUGUGAAGAUUACGUAUCUUCUCUGGGGAGACUCGUGGCUUCCCGGUAUGCAGAUGGCCUGUUUCCACAGUUCUACAGACCCGAAGAUGGCAGAGUAUACAAUUUGACAGCUAAGUCAGAACUGAUCUAUCAGUUUGUGGAAUAUUUAACACAAGCUGUGGAGAGCUACAAGCAGCGGAUGGACUGGCUCACCAGCAGAAGCCGCCAGGUUUUUGGUGUCAUCUUGGAACAGUGCAUCACCAUAGUGCUGGAUUUUGGCAGCAUGCGGGAGGAGGAGCUUAAUCUGUGCCAAGAUGCUCUAAUAAUGGUCCUCCAGGAGCAGGUGGCUCACAUAGCCAAGUUUAAUAUCAUAUGGGUUUCUCAGGAGCCUGUGAAAUGGCAGGAAAAUGCUGCUCCUGUGACAGGACAGUCCAUAGCUGCUGCCAUCAGUUGGGUUGAAAAACUGCCUUUUGAGCUGGCUGUGAGCCAUGCUAGCCGCCUGGACGCACUGCUGGAAGCUGGGCAAGACAAAACGAUGGAAUCCAUUUACUACUUUGUGGUGGGAGACAUUCCUGAGCAAACCAAGGAGCUUCUCCUUCAGAAGGCUUUGGAGAUCCCAUGUCCUGUCUGCACAGUGUCCUUCAAUGCCAGAGGAGAAGGCACUAUAGCGUUCUUAAAGGAUCUGAGUGCCAAGACCCACAGCAGAUUCCAUGCCUUUGCAGAGAGAACAGAGUGUGUGGAAUUUCCUGCAUCUGCCUUAAAGGAUGGUGACAGUGUAAAUACUUGGAAUUCAAGGAAACUGAAAGGAAAACCCCCUCCAGGAGCUGGGGUCAGAGAGGACGUGUUUCUCAUCUGGAAGGAGAUGGAGGAAGCAUGCAGCAUUCUGACUCAGAUCCAGAGGCUGGUUGCUGAGCCACCCAAGUCUGACGUGGCCACACUAGACAGUGAAUCAGGAGGAACCUCUGUAGAGAAUGAAUCAAAUCCAGAGAACACCUGGGACUCCAAGAAGUGGCUACAGAAAUAUGGCUUGAAAGCCCAGGGGCUAUCCUUUUAUGACGUCCUUGCUGACUGCUCCUUCCGCCAUGCUGAUGGAGUCGUUGAUGUAAAAGCCAAACCAGGAAAUGAGUCUGUGCAGACUAGUGCGGAGACCAACAAGAAGACAGUCCAUGCAAAAUACUGCAGCAGAUUUGUCCAUGCACCCUGGAAGGAUGGGAGCUUGGUCCACGUCUGCAUUACCAAAGAGAAGUGUACCUGGUACAGUGAGAGAAUCCACACAGUCCUUGCUCAGAUUCAGAAGAGGAUUAAGUGGCUGCAAGAUGGAAGUCAAAUCCUCUUUGGAAAAGUACGUAAUGAUUUUGUCUACGUCCUCAUUGAUACAUCUCACUCAAUGAAGAGCAAACUGGACUUGGUGAAGGACAAGAUCAUCCAGUUUAUACAGGAACAGCUGAAAUAUAAAAGGAAAUUCAAUUUUGUACAGUUUGAUGCUCAAGCAGUUGCUUGGCAGGAAAAACUUGUUGAAAUCAAUGAAGAUAGUUUGAAAGGGGCUCAGUCCUGGAUUAGAAACAUCAAGAUUGGAAGUUCCACAAACACCCUAAAUGCUCUGCAAAUUGCUUUCGCUGAUGAAGAAACACAAGUAAUCUACCUUUUGACAGAUGGGAGACCUGAUCAGCCACCUGAAAUGGUGAUAGACCAAGUCAAAGUUUUUCAGAAAAUUCCCAUUUGCACCAUCUCCUUCAAUUACAAUGAUGAGAUUGCAAAUGGAUUUUUGAAAGAGCUUGCUUCUUUGACUGGAGGAGAGUUCCACCUUUAUAAUUUUGGCUGCAAGGAUCUGUAUCCUCCAGAGGCUAUUCAGAAUGAAGAUCUGACUCUUUUAAUUAAGGAAAUGGAGCAAGGACGAAGUGACCUGGAGAAGGUACAAAACCUUUAUUCAGAGUCCUUGAUCAUGGAUUGGUGGUACAAUGGGGAAAAGGAAGGAGACAGUAGGCAUCAAAAAGAAAUCUCUUCUAUGGUUUCAACUUCAGAAAAAUGUGCAAAACCUCACUCUGAUGUCGAAUCAGCACAAAUGUCAUCCCUAGAUAUGUUGAAAUUACCAGAGGACUUUUCAAAUGAAAAGAUUCCAAAAAGGAAAGUCCUCCACGCAGAAUCAACAAAAACCAGCCUGCUCAGAAGCCAGAUGUCCACCCACAAGAGCUCAGCUUGCAGUGAGAGGACGGAUGACCUUUCUAGUUUCAGCAGCUGGAACACUCCAGAAAUGAGUGUCCUGUUGAUAAAUGAGUAUCCAGAUGGCAUAUCAUUAGAAAGAUUGAGUCAAGAAGAAAGCCAGGUUCAUGGCCAAGAUAUGUCUUCCGAAAACUGGCUCAAAACUCAUGGCUUGGUUGCCAAGAAACUCACCAUCAUGGAUGCCUUGUCACUGACAGCGGUCCCUCACACCCCCACCUACAUUCCCAUUCUGGACAAGUAUGUUGUUUCCAAGGUCUUUGAUGAGGUGUUCCCUCUGGCACAUGUGUGCAAUGACACAAAUAAGAUGAUGUUAAUUAACCCCCAAGGAGUCAAGCUCAAUAUCUACAAGCAAAAAGUGGAACAGGCAAUUAAGAGCUAUGAAAAAAUGGAGGAUGGCUUACAUGAGUUCUUCAUUUGCCUCCAGCCUCCUCAGGACUUCUCUUUUCCACCCUUCGUGUCUCUUGCAGACAGCAUGGACUAUGCCAAGGCUCAUUCUUCUCCGUGGGCCUGA